AUGGAGGAUAGAAACAAUGUCACUGAAUUUAUCCUGCUGGGUCUGUUCAAUAGUCAAGAGGUCAAGGAAGUCAGUUUGAUUUUCUUUUCACUUUGCUAUCUUGUGAUCUUGAUGGGAAACCUCUUCAUCCUGACCACCAUCAGAUUUAGUCAACUCAAUGAACAGCCCAUGUACUUUUUCCUCAGUUACUUGUCCUUCAUGGAUGUCUGUUUCACCUCCACUGUUGCUCCAAAACUGAUUGUGGAUUUAUUGGCUCAGAGAUCGACCAUCUCCUACAACAACUGCAUGGCCCAGAUGUUCUAUGCUCAUUUCUUUGGUGCCGCAGAGAUUUUCAUCCUGGUGGCAAUGGCCUUUGAUCGCUAUGUUGCCAUCUGCAAGCCACUGCAUUACAUGGUCAUCAUGAGUAGAAAGGUAUGCCGUCUUAUCGUGUUGGCCUCUUGCAUAGGGGCAUUCCUUCACUCAAUCAUGCAAGUAUUGAUUGCUGUUCAGCUGCCUUUCUGUGGCCCCAAUAAAAUAGACCACUAUUUCUGUGAUGUGUUUCCUCUGCUAAAGCUGGCCUGCACAGAUACUUUCUCGCUUGUUAUUGCGUUAAUUGGUACCACUGGGAUGCUGAGUAUUUUGACCUUCAUUUCUUUACUUAUUUCUUAUAUCAUCAUCCUGACCACUUUGAGGACUCACUCAUCAGAGGGUCGGCAUAAGGCCCUCUCCACUUGUGGAUCACACAUUACUGUGGUCAUCAUGUUCUUUGUGCCCCUCAUCUUCACCUAUGUGCCUACAGACAAUUCUGUAAUUGAAGAUAAGGUGUUUGCCCUCUUUUACACCAUCAUUGCUCCUAUGUUCAACCCUUUCAUCUAUUCCCUUAGAAAUACUGACAUGAAGAAUGCCAUGAGGAAAGUUUGGUUACAAAAACUGGUUUCCAAAGGAAAGUGA